GGAAAGAAUGUAUAUAAGGAGGUCGAUUGUCCUCUGGAAUGUCGCUUCUUCUCUCACCAAACUCUGUAGGCUUCACACAGUGGAUUGAAUCCUUGAAGGUUGUCUGGAUUUUUGAUAUGUCAAGGGGGUAAGACAAGAGGACCCUCCCUUCCUUUCAUUGGUUAUUCUAGUUAUAGAAGCAAUGAGUGGGAUGGUUGUCAACAUGCAAAAAAGGAGGCAUGAUUACAGGUUCUGAAAGGGAUUUGGUUGGUGGGAAUGAGAUUGUAGUGUCUCCCCUGUUGUUUGCAGUGCAGAUAUUUUGUCAAAGGUUGAGAGCAUGGUUAGUGAAAGUGACACGCACCUUACCCGUGUCCUUUUUUGUGGGCCACAUUUUCCUGCUUCUCAGAAUUACACAAGAGAAUAUUUGCAAAAGUACCCCUUUGUCCAGGUUGAUGAUGUUCCCCUUGAUGACGUGCCCAAUGUCAUAGAGAAGUACCACAUGUGUGUAGUGAAAAACAUGAAGCUAGACUCAAAUGUUCUCUCUCGUGCAACUCAAAUGAAACUUGUCAUGCAGUAUGGUGUUGGUGUGGAAGGCAUUGAUAUUAAUGCUGCUACUAAGUAUGGAAUCAAGGUUGCAAGGAUUCCGGGUGAUGUAACUGGAAAUGCAGCAUCAUGUGCAGAAAUGGCUAUAUAUUUGAUGAUGGGCCUUCUACGAAAGCAAAAUGAGAUGCAAAUUGUUGUAAGGCAGAGAAAGCUUGGAGAGCCAGUUGGUGACACACUACUUGGAAAAACAGUCUUUAUUCUGGGAUUUGGAAAUAUUGGGAUUGACUUGGCAAAGCGCUUGCGAGCAUUUGGUGUUAAAAUUAUUGCUACAAAACGGAGCUGGGGCUCAUAUUCACAAGAUUCUUGCCAGACUAAUGUUCUUGGUGAUUUGGUUGAUGAGAAAGGUGGUCAUGAAGACAUUCACAAGUUUGCGAGCAAUGCAGACAUAAUUGUUUGUUGCCUAAGUUUAAAUCGUCAAACAGCUGGCAUUGUAAACGAGACGUUCAUAUCUUCAAUGAGAAAGGGCGCCCUUUUGGUAAAUAUAGCUCGAGGGGGUCUUUUGGACUAUGAGGCUGUACUUAAUCACCUUAAGUCUGGCCACUUAGGAGGUUUGGCCAUUGAUGUUGCUUGGACUGAGCCAUUUGAUCCAGAUGAUCCAAUUUUGAAGUUCAAGAAUGUUAUAAUCACACCUCAUGUUGCUGGAGUUACAGAACAUUCUUACAGAUCCAUGGCUAAGGUUGUUGGUGAUGUUAGUCUUCAACUUCAUGCGGGCGCUUCAUUGACAGGGAUAGAAUUUGUCAACUGAUUCGGUUCAGUGAAGUGUGUUCAUUGUGAAGCCUAUUUCAUAUUUCAUUUGAUUGUCCAUCUUAGGCUUCUAGCAUAGAAAUUUUGGGCUGGAAUGUCCAAGCUAUUUCAUGGUUUUACCUUUGUCACCAUUAAACCAAUUGAGUCGAAUUGGGUAUUAAAAUAUCAAAAAUGAUUCAUUUAAUUUUAUUCAAACACAAGUCGAGUUUAAACUCAACCCCAAGUUAUAUUAUGUGUUCAAGCCUUUUUAUUUUCUUGUUGAGCGAGCUCAAUCUUGUUCACGAGCUUUUUAAAUUAGUCGAAUUGAGAGUUAAAA